CAAAAUAAACUAAAUAAAAUUGUUGACAUCCUCACUUUUUUAGCCAUUUAAACAUUAAAUUAUCAAACAAAAUUGAGUGCGCUUGACAGCAUUGAAUCAGUGCCUGCAGGUAAUAAACUGCACACUAUUUUUAGGCCUAUAGAUUAUAGCUGUAAAUCAGCAUGCCUAAAGUGGUUUCAAGAAGCAUUGCGUGUUCGGACACCAAAGAUCAAGAGGAAUAUGGAGACGAAAAGCCCCUACAUAUCUACUACUGCCUGUGCGGCCAAAUGACGCUAAUUUUAGAUUGUUCUAUGGAAAGGCUCCCAUUAAGGAAACGCGAUGGGGCCAGAGUUUUGGAUGGGACCAGCCACGCACAUAAGAUCACUUGCGAUACAGACGAACCCAUUUAUAUUAAAAGACCUGCAGGCAUUGAAAAACAGUAUAGGUCAAAGUGCAAAAAGUGCGGUUUACUUCUCUAUUACAAGCACGAGCCGCAAAGUCCGGUCAGCUUCAUAGUUCGCGGAUCGCUGAUUAAAUCGACCAAUGAGGGCCCAAUUACAGACAUUUACAACCAGGUUGCGAUUGAAAAGCCGAAGAAAAUCAUGGUGACUAAACAUACGAAAAACAUGGGCAAGUUCAGUUCGGUGACGGUUUCCACCAUCGACGAGGAGGAGGAUGAAAUUGAGGCGCGCGAAGUGGCAGACAGUUACGCAAACAAUGCCCGAAUCAUCGAGAAGCAACUGGACAGAAAGGGGAUGAACAAGCGAAAGCUCGAAGUGAUCGCCGCUCAAGAAGUGAAGAAAAUCCGAGGCACAUUAAUCGACAAGUAGAAUGUUCGCGUUUUGCAAAUAUACACUCAAUCGUUUUUCCUAUGUAUAAAAA